AUGAGAGGUGAACCCCUGUCUAACUGUCUGUUCCUGAGAGGCUACUUUAACGAAGAGCUCUUGAAGUUUCUGUUAGAGAAGCCUUCUUCCACUAUUUCUGCACCCUCUGCACAUUUGGGGGUGAGCAUUACAAGUAAAGAUUAUGAUAUAAUAGAAAUUGAGGAAGCUAGCGUGGAAGUGCAACAGGAUGAGGAUGAUACUUACGUACUAUUUGACGUUAAUGAGGAUAUUGAUGAUGAAGAUGUUGAUGAUGUUGUUUGUUUAAGAUUCUAUACGCAAUCUCAGGGGAACCCUAAUUUCAACAAAAAAGCAAAGAUGGACCAGGCGUUCAAUGUCAGCACCCUCUUGGUUCUCCUGGGUCUUGUAGAGAUGGAAGAGUUCCAAUACAUGUAUUGCGCCCUUUGUAUUAUCAUAUAUUUAUUUAUUAUGCUUUUGAGUAUUACUAUUGUAUUUGUGGUGAUGGCCGAGCCAAGCCUACACGAGCCCAUGUACAUUCUCAUAUGUAAGCUGGUCCUCAAUGGAAUGUUCGGGAGCUCCACGUUUCUCCCAAAGUUGAUAGUUGACCUGAUCACCUCAUCUAAGACCAUCUCAUAUGGUGGAUGUAUUACUCAGACUCUGUGUGUUUCACUUUUCGCUUUUUUGGAAAUGAGCACGUUUACCCUCAUGGCGUAUGACCGGUAUCUGGCCGUCUGUCACCCAUUGCAUUAUGUCACCUUGAUGACCAACAAGAAGGUUUUAACACUCAUCUUUGGAUGUUGUGUCAUUGCCUUCACAACUCUGCUCAUAGCUAUUCUCUUAACCUGGGCUCUUCCUCUGUGUGGGAAUAAGAUAAAUAAUAUAUUCUGUGAUAAUAUGUCCCUCGUUACUCUGUCCUGCUCAGACUCUUCUCUCAGUAAAAUCUAUUCAGCUGCAUUGGUCUCCAUCUACCUAAUUGUCACCAUCUCAGUCACUGUUUUCUCCUAUUUGAAGAUAUUUGUUGUCUGCCUGAAGAUCUCCACAGAGUCACGUCAGAAAGCCGUCCACACCUUGGUGACCCAUUUACUUAACUUUUCUGUCUUUUUAUUAGGAGUUUUAUUUGUUGUAAUCAGGUACAGGCUGGGCAGUAUUGACCUCCCCAUUAUGGUCCAUGUUCUCCUGUCUGUUACUCCUGCAGUGUUCCCACCGCUCCUUAACCCCCUGAUCUACGGGGUCCGGACACAUGCCCUGAAGAUAAAAAUCAUUCACCAUUUGCAGAUAACAAACAUGGGGCUCAAAUGA